AUGGUAACUAGGUUUGAUGUUAUGCAGUUGUGGGGUAAUGAUGGGGCCGGGUGGGAGUUUGUGGAAGUGAAAGGGGCGUCUGGAGGACUGUUGUUGAUGUGGGAUAUGACGAUGUUUAAAUUAAGUAACUGUUAUAAGGGUGGUAGGUGGUUAUGUGUAGAUGGAGUGAUGAUAAAGAAUAAUUUUCGGUGUGCGUUCUGCUUAGUGUAUGGUGAGCAUGAUCGAGAGAGUAAGCUUGUUGUGUGGGAAGAGUUGAGUUUCUUGUCAGGCUUAUGUCAAGUCCCUCUCUGUUUUAUGGGGGACUUUAAUGAGAUUGUUCAAGUGGAAGAACGGCGAGGAUCUACUUCGUUGCCAAGAUCUGCAGUAGAGUUUAAAUCUUGGAUUAACGAUAUGGAGCUCAUGGACCUAGCUUUACCUGAUCGUCAGUUUACUUGGUACAGAGGCCAGUCAUGUAGUCGGAUCGAUAGAGUCCUGGGGCCGAGACCUUUUCGGAGCCUGGAUGCGUGGUUUACUCAUGAGAGAUUUUUGAGGAUGGUAAAGGAGGAGUUGAGGUGCCUAGGGGAGAUGCAGUUGAUGGACAAGUUGAAGGCUUUGACGCUACCACUGGGCAGGUGGCAUAGAAAGCACUUUGGUAAUUUGGAUAGGAGAAUAAAUAAUUUUGAAGAGGAGAUCAGGAAAGUUGAUGAUUUGGUGAGCAAUGGAGUUUAUGAUGGAACAACGGAGGCUAGAAGAAAGGCACUUGUGAGCGCGUGCAAAGUAUGGUAUGUCAGGAAGGAAAUACAUUGGAAGCAGAUGUCACGAUCCAGGCAUGCUAAGGAGAUGGAUAAAAACACUAGAUACUUCCACAACUUAGCCUCGGCUCGGAGAAGGACCAAUCGGAUUGAUGCCUUAAGGAUCCAUGGACGCUUAGUGUGGAACCCAUCUCGAAUCAAGAUUGCUAUACGAGAAUUCUAUAAGGAGUUAUACCAUCAGGAGAAAUCACCAAAUAUUGGAUUUCGGGAAAGGCUAGUAAGAUGA